GUUGCGCUUCGCGGAUGACCAGUCCUGGGUAGAUGGCGCCGCCGGAGCGCUGCCCUGUUUGCCGCCAGACCUUCUUCUGCGGCCGCGGACACGUCUACAGUCGCAAGCACCAGCGGCAGCUGAAGGUGGCUUUGGAGCGGCUUCUGCCUCAGGUGGAGGCCGCCCGCAAGGCCGUCCGCGCCGCUCAGGUGGAGCGUUACGUGCCCGAUCACGAGCGGUGCUGCUGGUGCCUGUGCUGCGGCUGUGAGGUGAGGAAACACCUGAGCCACGGAAACCUGACCGUGUUGCAUGGGGGGCUGCUGGAGCAUCUGGCCAGUCCAGAGCACAAGAAAGCAACCAACAGAUUCUGGUGGGAGAACAAGGGUGAGUUCCAGAUGAAAGAGAAGUUUUUGAUCUCCCCCCAGGAUUAUGCACGAUUCAAGAAGUCCAUGGUGAAAAGUCUGGAUUCCUAUGAGGAAAAAGAGGAUGAAGUGAUUAAAGAGAUGGCAGCUCAGAUCCGUGAGGUGGAGCACAGCCGGCAGGAGAUGGUUCGGUCUGUCUUAGAGCCUCAGACAGUGCCAGACCCAGAAGAGGGCUCUUCGGCACCUGGAAGCUGGAAAGGGACAAACAGCCAAGUAGCCUCCACCUCACAGCAGCCCUCAUAUGUGGACCUGCCACUGGCCCCAGAACUUGACUGGAUGGAGACAGGACAACCUCUGACAUUCAUUGGCCAUCAGGAUACACCAGGAAUUGGUAACAUCCACUCAGGUGCCACACCUCCCUGGAUGGUCCAAGAUGAGGACUGUAGCUCUGGGAACCAACAAAUAGGACCCUCCUAUGAAGAGUUUCUCAAAGAAAAGGAAAAACAGAAACUGAAGAAACUCCCACCAGACAGAGUUGGGGCCAACUUUGAUCAUAACUCUAGUACCGGUGCAGGCUGGCUGCCCUCUUUUGGCCGGGUCUGGAAUAAUGGACGCCGCUGGCAAUCCAGGUAUGGGCCCAGUGUCAGGACCCCAACCCACUCCCCCUUGGAGAUCUCACCCUUCAUCUUGCUAACCCUUCAUUUCCUUUCAGGCAUCAAUUCAAAACUGAAGCCGCAGCAAGAAACAAACAGCAGUUACAUAAAAAGAAAAGUUAAAUGGUUUCCUAAUACAUUUACAACCACCAUAAUGCUCAAAGCCAAAUCAACAAGCCAAUACCCACUAUUAUCCUUUGUAACUAACUGCCUUUCUUAGGAAACAGACAUGCCCACUUAUUUGAUUUAAUAAAGUUUUAUUUUUCAAAAU